GGCUCCUCCUUGCGCGGGCCGACUGGGCGGGUUUGCUUCCCGGCGGUGGGUUCAGGCCUCCUCUUUCCCCUCUAUCACGCACCACGGCGGUGGAGGCGGCAGCAGCUGUUCUCCUGUCCUUCCCUCUCCGUAGUGGCGCGUCCCCAGAGCCACCCCCUCUUCAGCCGGGCUUCCCUGGCGUGCUUCUUCCUCCUUCCCUCCUCGAGGAGCCGCGGCCUGGAGGGCGGAAGGAAGCGGGGCUGUCGCGUGUGCGGUGAGGAGUGAGGGCCGGCGGGGCGAUGAACACCGUACUGACCCGCGCCAACUCGCUCUUCGCCUUCUCGCUGAGCGUGAUGGCGGCGCUGACCUUCGGCUGCUUCAUCACCACCGCCUUCAAGGAGCGCAGCGUGCCUGUCAGCAUCGCCGUCUCCCGGGUCAUCCUAAAAAAUGUAGAAGAUUUCACUGGACCCGGAGAAAGAAGUGACCUUGGAAUCAUUACUUUUGACAUUACAGCUGAUCUGCAUAGUAUAUUUGACUGGAAUGUGAAACAGUUAUUUCUAUAUUUAUCAGCAGAAUAUUCAACCAAGAACAAUGUGUUAAACCAGGUUGUCCUUUGGGACAAAAUCAUUUUGAGAGGUGAUAAUCCAAAGCUACUUUUGAAAGAUAUGAAAUCAAAAUACUUUUUCUUUGAUGAUGGAAAUGGUCUCAAGGGCAACAGAAACAUCACUUUGACUCUCUCAUGGAAUGUUGUACCAAACGCAGGCAUCCUACCUCUUGUGACAGGAGCAGGACACAUAUCUGUUCCAUUUCCAGAUGCUUACAAAACAGCAAAAAGCUAUUAAAUUAUUAUGCUGAACCUUGAGUAACAUAUUUUUAUACUUGUACAUUAUAAAUUUUAUCACUUUCGUCUCCCACUCACUGCAAUUCAAAGGUACUGUACUUGAUUUCUUUAGGUUUAGCUGAAAGGGAAGGAAAAGAGUUUCUUGGGCUUGUUU